AUGAUGCGGGGCCAACGGGCCGUCGCCCACGCGCGGCUGUGGGACACCAGGCAGGCCGCUCCCCGGAGGGAGCACUAUUGCCCAGUACUGUUUGAAGACUUGAUGCAUUUGUGUCGGUCAAUGGCCGUGGAAUAUCCUGCUCUGGCUAAAAGAAUGUUGGCUCGGAACUACAAGAUAGCAGCUACUUGGGAAAGAGAAUCCAUUCUCCUUCAGGUCCGAGGCCUGAAUGGAAUACUUAUGAACUCUAUGGCCCCAAUACCACCAGUAGCCUCCAAGGAGGAGAUACUGGCCACCAAAGAACAUGUUCUGGAGACCUUCUAUCCCAUCUCGCCUACAAUUGAUCUUCAGGAAGUGAAUGUGUACAGAGAGCUCAACGAUACAGGUUUCAGAGAUGGUUAUCCAUACCCCCAUCCUCACACCCUGUUCUUCCUGGAGUCUGCCAAUGUCCGCACCGACAGGUUCAGGCCGGAGCAGCUUCGUGCCAAGAUGCUGAUGUUCGCGUUCGGCAACGCGCUGGCCAAGGCCCGGGCGCUGCACGGGAAUGAUCCCAAGGUUUUGGAGCAACCGAUAGUGGUGCAAAGCAUUGGCACAGAUGGCCAGCUCUUCCAGUUCAUGGUGUUCCAGUUAAAUACAACAGACCUUGUCUCUAAUGAUGGCGUUAAAAAUCUGGUCUGGAUUGACUCUGAUCAGAAUCUGUAUGAAAAAGCCCAGUGUGUUCCAGAAGUCAAGAAGAGAGUUGUUACGAAGCCCGUUGGAAUAUAUGGCUUCCAGCCAGACACAUUCAGGAAGUUUCUGGCACUGUAUCUGCAUGGAACUGUGUGAAAUUCAGCUCAAAUGAAAAUACUUCACCAACUGUACCUGCUGCUUCUCUUUUUCUGGCAAAAACCAUCACAUAAUUAAAGAAAGGUGGAUUAAUUGACUUUCAAAAAUAAAUGAUGUUGUUACU